CUUUCCUGAAGUUUCAGAGCCUGCACAAUGCACCUUUAGCUGACCAUUGGCCAGUAAGCCAUCAAAACGUCAUUGUUCUAAAAACAAGCCCACAGUCGGAUGCUAAAUUUGGCACUUGGUUCUUUUCUCUGCUUGAGGCAGGAAGGGCGUGUGACGUUGCACGCUUUCAGACAAUAACCGGGCAAGGAAGAGACACCCCCAAAAUCUUGGAUCUGUGAAACUUCAGACUAUGUGUGUUGUUGGUUUUAAAGUUAGGGCGAAAUCCAGAGAUGCAAUCAAGAUCAACUCGUUCUCGAAGUGAACAGACAAUUUUCCACUUUUAUUUUGUUUACGUGUUUUUCCCUCCAUCUCAUCCUGAAAAGAGCAUUUGCCAUGUCUGCUUUGCUUCCUGUCAAAUUCUACAGAUGGUUUUGUAAGAACCCACCCUCUUGAGAAGCUGCAAGGCACGCCCUAUUUCCAGCAAGCAUUCUCCGUGCUGAUUUAUUUGCUUUCCAGAAAGGCUUUGGAUCACCCUGCAUGCAGUUGGUGCUCAAUCUGUUCUUGAUUCCUUUUGCCGAAUUGUUGUAAAGAUUUAGGGAUAAAGAAGGGAAAAGCUGGAUUUCUUUAGUCUUCCAAAGGAGACAGAAAAAGGAUCAGGAACAAGACUACGUUGCUGUUUGCUUAAAACUUCGCCCUGCAGUCAAACCGAGCAUUGUGAAACUUCAAUUCUUUGGCAUGUCUUGAAAUUUCAAAGAAAUUUCCUUCUUGGAGGCAGCUGAUCCUCACAUGGUCUCCUUUUUCUAAGGUCAGGGGUCUCCAAACUGGGCAACUUGAAGACUUGUGGACUUCAACUCCUUUCUUCUUCUUCUUCUUGUGCCAUAUCCGUUAUUGGACGUUGGCGAUCAUGUUGGCGAUCAACUCCCAGAAUUUCUUAACCAGCAUGAGGAAUUCCUGGAGUUGAAAACCACAAGUCUUAAAGUUCUCAGCAAGAAGGAGAAGACUUGGGGUAGGCAUUUCUUGCAUGACAAAGCACGUGGGUCACUUUUGGUGUGAAAGGAAAGGUUUUUUGUGAAGAACUUUCCUUAUCCUGGAGAGCUGGUGGAUUAAAAAAAAAAAAACAAACCUAGAAACAUUUUGUAGCGUUCGUUCUUUUUUUGGCUGAAGGUCCUAAGAAAUCAGGACUUCAGAACCAGUUUCUGAAAUAAAUACUUAGACUUUACCCAAGGAACAGAAACUUCCAAACUCGGUUGAUUGAUUGUAUUUCAGAAAUUCAUCCAUUUGCCAGCUGAGAUAUUUCAAAACAGGAGAAAUGAAUCGGUGCUGCCAAUUCCAAUUUGUGGCCAUCGUGUUUGUCAAAGGGGAAAGGUUAUCACAUUAUCUCUGGAGGGGAAAUUCACUUUUGUGAGAAGUAGCUCUGAAAAGGGCUGUCAAUAAAAACCAGUGAAACUGAGAUAAAACAAAAUUGCCCCAGGGAAAGAGAGAUGAACUUUGGUCUCUGAAGACAGAUGGAACAGGAAAAAUCAAUUCUGGGUUAGGGUGAUAGUGCCAGAGAAAUAAUACCAUGCAUGGAUUUUUUUUUUAAUACAAGGUGUAUCUACAACUGUUUGAAAUGGGUUCUACUCUAUUUUGGUUUUUGGUCCACCUUUUAAAAUAUCAGGUGAGCUGCAGACUGAAAUAGAUAUAACAAGACUCUCUGUAGCUGAGGGUUGAAUCUGAUGCUUUCUGAUCUUGCUUGUUUUCAUGCAGACAUUUCAUUACCCAGCUGGAUAGCGUCAUCAGUGCAGCACUGAAAAUGUUACCAAUGGAAGAGAAUAUUUAUAAUCCAGGGUUAAACUGGUUGAAUUGUGGUGUCCUUUGCUGGCUUUCUUCCAGAUGUUUCAUUAUCAAAUUAGGUGGUGACCAUUGAUCAAGGCCAUGUUGGAUUCCAGAGGUUUUCCACUGAGUUGGAGAUGAGAUCUGUAGGAAGUAGCUGAAGAUCCCACUUGGCAAAAUGACCAACGCACGACUUUUCCGUCUCUCAGUGGUCCUCGGCUCCAUUUUCAUGAUCUUGUUGAUCAUUGUUUAUUGGGACAAUGUUGGGACCGCGCAUUUCUACCUCCACACCACCCUCUCCAGGCCUCAGGAGGUGCUCCCCACAGUGGAGAAGGACAACCCAGGUUCUCUGCUGGAGGUGGAUGACUUUUUGGAGAACCUUUUAAGUUCUGAUCUGAAAAAGAACACCGAUCUCGGCCAGAAGGUUGAGAAGCCGAAGCCGCCCUUGCGUGCUUCAAGCAAGCCUGGGACCAGCAACUUGGAGGAGAAAGUCAGAGGCUACGACUGGCCCACCAGGGAGGCCAGCUUGGUGCUGGACCAAGCAAACUUGCAGAAGGAGAGACGGCAGAUGUUGCAGGACUGGUGCACCAAUUCCAGCUUCUCCUUCCCGACAAAGGAGCGGACCUUUGAUGACAUCCCCAACUACGAGCUCAACCACCUCAUUGUCGAUGACCGCCACGGCGUCAUCUACUGCUACGUUCCCAAAGUGGCUUGCACCAACUGGAAGCGGGUGAUGAUUGUCCUGAGCGAAAGCUUGAUGGAUCAAGGGGUCCCCUAUGUCGACCCUUUGGACAUACCUCGCGAGCACGUGCACAACACCAGCACCCACUUCACCUUCAACAAAUUCUGGCGUCGCUACGGCAAGUUCUCCCGCCACCUCAUGAAGAUCAAACUCAAGAAGUACACCAAGUUCCUCUUCGUCCGGGACCCCUUUGUUCGGCUGAUCUCGGCCUUCCGCAGCAAAUUUGAGCUGGCCAACGAGGAAUUCUACCGCCGGUUUGCCAUCCCCAUGCUCAAGCUCUACUCCAACUACAGCAGCCUGCCGACCUCGGUGAGCGAAGCCUUUGAAGGUGGCUUCCGAGUCUCCUUCUCAGACUUCAUCCAGUACUUGCUGGACCCUCGGACAGAGAAGUUGGCCCCCUUCAAUGAGCAUUGGAGGCAGGUGUACCGCCUGUGUCAUCCCUGCCAGAUCGAGUAUGACUUUGUUGGGAAACUGGAGACCUUGGAUGAAGAUGCUACUUACCUGUUGCAACUCCUCAAGGUGGACCAUCUUCUCCACUUCCCUCCCAGCUACCGGAAUAGGACAGCCAACAGUUGGGAGGAGGACUGGUUUGCGAAAAUUCCCAUGGCGUGGCGGCAGCGGCUGUACAAAUUGUACGAGGCCGAUUUUGUACUUUUUGGAUAUCCUAAACCAGAAAACUUGCUCAAAAACUGAGCAAGAGGGAGAUGGAGGAGUGUUCGAAAUUCCCAAAGAAUCCUCCCUAUUUGAUGUCCCCCAAAUCAGGGGUCCCCAACCCCUGGGUCUGCAGCCCGGUUACUGGGCCACGGCCCAUUCAGAACCGGGCCGCAUGAAAACAGGCGAGUGUGUGCACAUGCACAAGUGGCGGGCACUCGCACGCCUGCGUGAAGCUCUAUUUGUGUGAGCGGCGGGUAGGCCCACCCUUGGCACAAAUGGAUCUUCACACGCAUGUGUGAGUGCCUGCCACUUGUGCAGAUGGAGCAGCGUGCAUGCCAUUCGUGCAAGUGGAGCUUAACGCACGCAUGCGAGUGCCCACCACUGGCGCAAAUGGAGCUGCACGAGUGUGCAGGUCUGCUUCUCACACAGAACCAUUUCCUCUCCCCCCCACUGGUCUACAAAGCUAGAAAGGUUGGGGACCGCUGCCCCAAAGCAUAAGGUCCAUCCAGGUUGACCUCCACAACUGUACCUUUUUCUACAGCCUUUUUAAACACAUUGCUCGGAUGUGAGUUUCUGAACCUUCUGAGGAAUAGAUUCUCAAAACCCCUCUUUGGUUUUGUCCAGUUUUACCUCUUAUUUUUACGGUUGCGUUACAAUGGGGUGGGUUCCACCACUGUUUUAUGUUGAUGCUUUGGUGCAUUUAAAACAAAUGGAAAGAAAGAAUUAAUAUAUUAAAAAAUAUAUUUAA